UUUCCAUGACCUAUCGUUUAGACAGCGAUAUUUAUUACCCAUAUGAUACUUUUGUUCCUUGUAAUGGUGAAUGCCAAUUAGAUGAAUAUUGGACUGAAAAGGAGGUAAUGGAAAAUGUAAUAAGAAAAACUGGAUUGGCAAUGCAAGUUAACUCAGAUUGCGAUACUCCCUCCAAAAGAGAAACUCUUGUUCAAGAAUUGCGUAAGCUGAUUAAAAUUGAUCUGUACGGAAAAUGCGUCCGUGGGGCCAAGUGUGAUUUUGAAUAUUGUUAUAAUCGAGAAUUGGAAAAUCACAUGUUUUAUUUGGCAUUUGAAAAUGCUGUUUGUAAAGGUUACGUUACUGAAAAAUUUUGGAAUUUAAAACAUUUAAUUGUUCCUGUUGUUCUUACUAGACGAAUUUUUGAUAAAUGGAAAGUGCCUGACAGUGCUUAUAUUGCUGUAGAUGAUUUCAAAAAUAUUACAGAAUUGGCUGAUUAUUUACUUUAUUUACAGCGAAAUAGAACUGAAUAUUUAAAAUAUUUUGAAUGGACAAAAACAUAUCGUAAAACCAAUUAUCACGUUCUACACAAAAAACUAGAACGAAAAUAUCACCAAGCAUUUAUCCUCUCUCAAAACGGCACAUAUGCUCCAACAUACAACCCUUUAUGUAAUUUAUGUGAAUUAUUGCACCAACAACAUGGAAAGGGGCAUCCCAAAUUAAUUAUUCCAGAUAUUUGGAAAUUUUGGAAAGGACCGGAUAUUUGUAUAGAAAAUUGGGUAGAUUUAUAUUUAAAAGGAAAACAUAAAGAAGCUUUUGAUAAGGCUAAUUGGCCUGAACAAAAUUAA